AUGAAGGAAUUAGAAGCAUAUUCAAAAAUAGAUAGAUCUCGGCAACAAGACUUCCUAUAUCCACUUCUCUUUCAGGAGUAUAUUUAUGCACUUGCUCAUGAUCAUGGUUUAAAUGGAUCCAUUCUUUAUGAAUCCGUGAAAAAUGUAGGUUAUGAUAAUAAAUCCAGUUCACUGCUUGUGAAACGUUUAAUUGCUCAAAUGUAUCAACAGAAACAUUUUAAUUUGAUGAUUUCGACAAAUGUUGCUAAACAAAAAAAAAUUGUUGCGCACAACCCAAAUGUUUAUUAUCAAAUGAUAUCCGAGGGGCUUUCAGUCAUAGUAGAAAUUCCUUUUUCACUACGAUUAGUAUCUUUUCUAGAAGGAAAGGAUAUAAAAAAAUCUCAUCAUUUACGAUCCAUUCAUUCAAUAUUUCCUUUUUUAGAGGAUAAAUUAUCACAUUUAACUCAUGUGUCAGAUAUACUAAUACCCUACCCUGUCCAUUUGGAAAUCUUGGUUCAAAUCCUACGCUCUUGGAUACAAGAUGUUCCCUCUUUGCAUUUAUUGCGAUUCUUUCUCCAUGAGUAUCGUAAUUGCUAUAGUCUUAUUACUCAAAAUAAAGCAAUUUCCUUUUUUUCAAAGGAGAAUCAACGCUUUUUCUUCUUCCUAUAUAAUUCUCAUGUAUAUGAAUGCGAAUCCAUAUUAGUUUUUCUCCGCAAACAAUCUUUUCGUUUACGAUCAACAUCUUUUAGAAUCCUUCUUGAGCGAAUAAAUUUCUAUGGAAAAAUGGAGCAUCCUGUAGUAGUGUUUAGUAAUGAUUUUCAGACCUUCCUAUGGUUGUUCAAGGAUCCUUUUAUGCAUUAUGUCAGAUAUCAAGGAAAAUCAAUUCUGGCUUCAAAGGGAAGUACUCUUUUGAUGAAUAAAUGGAAAUGGAAUCUUGUAAAUUUAUGGCAAUGUAAUUUUUCCUUGUGGUCUCAACCAGAUAGAAUUAAGAUAAAUAAAUUAUCCAAUCAUUCCCUCGAGCUUUUGAGCUAUCUUGCAAGUGUACGACUUAACCCUUCGGUGGUAAGGAGUCAAAUGAUAGAAAGUACAUUUAUAAUGGAUAUUUGUAUUAAGAAGUUUGAUACCAAAGUCCCAAUUAUUUCUUUGGUUGGGUCGUUGGCUAAAACGAAAUUUUGUAACGUUUCAGGGCAUCCCAUUAGUAAGCCGGCUUGGGCCGAUUUAUCAGAUUCUGAUAUUCUCGAUAGAUUUGGGCGUAUAUGCAGAAAUCUUUCUCGUUAUUACAGCGGAUCUUCAAAAAAAAAGAGUUUGUAUCAAAUAAAGUAUAUACUUCGACUUUCGUGCGCUAGAACUUUGGCUCGUAAACACAAAAGUACUGUACGUGCUUUUUUGAAAAGAUUAGGUUCGGAAUUGUUGGAAGAAUUCUUUACGGAGGAAGAACAAGUUCUCCCUUUGAUCUUCCGAAGCGCUUCUUCUUCCCGGAAGUUCUAUAGAGAAAAGAUUUGGUAUUUAGAUAUUUUUCGUGUCAAUGACCUAGCCAAUCAUUCAUAA